CUCCGUACAUUUUUUAAAAUUUUUACAUUUCAUGCAAUUAUAGUUCUAUUUAUUAUACAUUUGAAUUUUUUUAAAUGAAAUCCUAUAUCCAAAUAUUUUCAUUCUUUCCAUCUAAUUGAUGAAGAGGUGACACAAUUUUCUUCUAAAAGAUAGCUAUCGAUUACUUCAACAUAUUAUUGCUUUGCCAUAUUUAUCAAUUUCAUCUUUCAUCUUCUUCACUUGGUCUUCCAAUUUCUAAAAUUUGUUGGAAAUGGAGGUCGUCCCGAGUAAAUCAAAUACGUGUAAGAAGGAAUCCGUCCCACAUGAAAACGGCUAACGAAAGCGUGUCCAGCUGUAACUCGAUCACGCCAUCCAGUUGUGACUCAAUCACCGAUUCCUUAUCGCUGUCAAACUCUCUGUUCACAACCGACUCCAGAUUGAAAUUGCGAAUUUCCCUCGCUCGGCGCAUCUAUAUAUAUAUUCAGUCCUCGUGUUUACCGAUCAUUGAAUAUCUUAUAUCUAUUUCUCGAAUCAUCACUUCUCUCUUAUAUUUUUAUACAUUUCAAUUCAAUUUAUUUCUAUAAGAUAAGAUGGCUCAAUUCGGAGUGUUUUUGGUGAUGGUAUUGGCCUUGUUCUUGGUUGGAUCUGGUACAGCUCAAUCUCCUUUAGCCGCUCCAGCUCAAUCCCCGGGAAGAUCUGUAGUUCGACCGUCACCACCACAGGCGACAGUUUCCGCACCGGUACCGGCACCGGCGAGAUCUGUAGUUCCCACCGUCGCACCAUCUCUGGCUCCUGCUCUAGCUCCUUCUGCUGUUUCACCGGUCGCUUCUCCCCUGGCUUCCCCUCCCGCCAGUUCUCCAACUGCGUCUCCCCCUGUUUCCGGCGCUAAUCCGCCAUUCAACGCGCAGUCUCCUGCUGGUGCUGCUGCUAACUCUGCUUCCAGAGCUUCCGGAUCGAACAAAGUCGCCCUCGCUGGAUCUGCAGGAGUAGCUUUGUUUGCUGCUGCUUCUUUGCUGUUUUAAGUUCUGUAUAACUUCUUUUCCGAUUCUCUCGCGUUGAUUAUUUUGCAGUAUUUGUACUUAUUUUCGUUUUUUUGGAACUUACUCUUCGUAGUUUGGAUGAUCAGAGUUAGGAGUGGACAAAAUAGGUAGCAUAUAGGCCAUAAAUUCGUCGUUCACAUGUGAUUAUACCUAUAUCUCCAGUGUUGAUUGUUGUUCUCACAGUCGGUUGUGAUUCUUUUAUUGAUAUAUGAUUCUCUUUGUUAACUAC